CUGCGACUGUGGCUUCAGGUUGCAGGAAUUAGAAGGGUUCUGGUUUGCAUGAGAACCAGGUCCUAAAACGAGGAGUCGUUUCUCGUAGCAAGUGAAAUCACCUGAUUAGCCUUGAGCAAUAUGUGUGGGCAAGGAUGGUCGUCUAUGUUCAUCAAGGGCAACUAAGGUAACGUCAUCAGUACUUAUUACCCAAAGUUUUCUCUUAUAAAUGGGCUUCUUGGUUUUGGAGAAUUGUAGAGAUGGUGUGGAUUUGUUAGUCUGAGUUGAGUUGAUCAGGAGAAGAGAUCACAGCUCGUGCUUCUCAUGAACGAGUAAGAAAUCUGUCUGGUGCUGCCAAUGUCACCAACUCCUAAUUCCCGAUGAUCAUCUCAGUUUUCAGGUUGAAUAUUAUUAGUGUGUUGGUAUGAGAAUUUAGAAGGCUUCUAAUUCCAAGCUUCACCCUAUAUACAGUGAUCUCUGGUAACUAGCCGGGGAGAAAAGGCUAGGGUUUAAGGUUAUAUAUAUAUAUAUAUAUGUAUGUAUGUAUGUAUGUAUGUAAAGAUAGAAUGGAUUAUUUGGGUGAUCAAGGCUUAAUCAGCAAGGCUAAGUCCAUACUUUCGUCCCUCUGUGGAAUUUUGCUAUGGGUAUCAAAGUUACAGCCAUCUCCCGUACACUCCCCAAAAGAUUUUCCAACCCAUAAUUGUGAUCUCCAACUGGGUUUCAAAACCCUAAUUUACCUGGAAGCAAGGAGCCCUCGAGAUCCAACUCAUUUUCUUCACAUUGUUCAUUCCUACAUGAUAUCGUCGGCGUCAUCAUAUUCAUCAGAAUUACCGUCUAUUUCGCCAUCGUUGCUCCGGUCGACCUCGAGUAAUAGUUCUUCAUCUUUGUCUUCGAUAAUGUUGGACGAUUUGAUUGGAACAGAGAGUGGAGUUUACCUGAGCUCUAAUGAAGAUGAAAUUAAAGGAUUGAAGAAAUCGAAUGGCCGUCAACAUGAUCAUAAGCCGAAUCAACGGUACCGUGCUGCAGGGACAAGAUCAAAUCAUUACCCGCCUCCAAUACCUCUGCUUGCACAGACAGGUAAUUUGCCCGGUCGGAUGCCUUGGGUGUUAACCAGACAUUAUGGAGAUGGAAAGCUCAUCAUUGAAGUUGAGAGAGUGAAGCAUCAUGAGUACUUGGAAGCACACAGGGAAAAUGGCCGGCUUAUCUUAAAUCUCGUACCACUCGACGAAGUCGAAAGCGAGGAGGAGAUGAUCAACCACGAUGAUGAGGAGCUAGAACCGGAAGAUCUCCAUGAUCAUUUUGAAGACAAAGAGACAGAUCACGGAAAGUCGAUGCAUGAUGAUCAGGAAGUCGAAAUCCAAUAUCAAGAACCUGGAGUUGGUUACGACGGCAGUUAUCCGCAUGUGGAUGAUGAUAAUGAGAUCGUCGCAGAGGAGGAUUUGAUGAUCACUUCAUUAGCUUCUACCAUUCCUGUCAAAAUAUGGUUGGAGAAUGGGAUCAUGAUCAGUAGCAGUACUACUACUACAGAAAGAAGCGAAAAUCUGCGCAAGUGCUUCACCAAUAAUGCGGAUGUUUUCAUUAAUCCAAACGCAAUGCUAAUAUCCACGAAUGCUUUCGCGCAUGCUUAGCCGGCGGCCGGCCAUCAGCUCAUCGGCCUGAUCAUCACCCAAUGUCUAACAAGAUGAUCACUGUGGUAAGUGUAUUUAUUAUAUAUAUAUACAACCAUUUUUAUAAUAAUUAUGUUUUAAAUUGAGAAUAUUUCCAUAAAAUAAUAUUAUUUUUAUAGUUAUUUUAUAAAAAUGUCCCUCAAUUAAAAUAAGAUUAUGUAAAGAAUUGUGAAUAUAUAAGCUGAUUGUAUGUGUAUCAUUUUUGUAUAUAUAUAUAUAUAU